AAAGUAGAAUCACUGGAAAGCGAGCUUAAUAGCACUCAAAAACUGACCCUGCCAAUUGAUAUGUCCUCAAAGCAGCACUUACAGCUGGAAAAACACAACAGCGAGAGCAUGGUACAUUCUUCUUUGUCCCCUUUAUCAGUUCAAGUUACUAAUAUUCAGGACUGGCCACUAAAACCAGGUCAGUGGCAUCACAGGGAACUUGAAAAAAUUCCAAGUGUUUGUAAAACAUCUGGGAUUGUGGCUAUAAAAGACAAUGUCUACAAAGCCUCUGAGUCAGAGAGCUUAUAUUUAAAGCAAGGUAUUGCAACUCUAUCUGCUGAGGUUGCAUCCCUUAAAAGACUUAUAGUAACCCAGGAAAUAUGUGCAUCAAAUUCCAGUUAAAAGUACUACUGAUUUUUCAUGAAAUGCAUAUUGUAAAGAUUGUAGUUUGCAGUAAAUUAGUAUGUUUUGUAUAAUGCUCAAUUUUCACUGGUAUUGUGACGUCAUUUCACUGUACUGUUCAAGUAAUGAUGUCUACUUAAUAUUGUCCUUUUUGUGCACAACUGUGUUAUGAUCACUAUGCCUUGUGUACAGAUAGGUAGCCAAUGCAAGGUUGUAAAUAUCUUUAAACAUUAUUUUUGCCAGUCUGUUAUAAAUUGUGCAAGUUACCAGUUAAAUAAAGUAUUGGUGAAAAAAAAAAAAAAAAA